UUCGCUUGUUGCAUACACGUCCACUCACUAUUUCUGCGUUACUAUCAUAUCUCUUGAGGCCAGUAGUCGCAUUAACGUCUGGCUAAUAGGGGCGUUAAGUGAAAUGGCCAUUGAGCUGCGCUCUGGUUUCAAAUAUGGGACCGUUUUAUCCAUUGCCGUGGUUCUGUUUGCCUACUGGUUCCGACUGCCUCGUUCAGUACUGGAUGAAAGGCUGGACGCCGUGCUGUCCUCUCUGCUUCGUGCUGAACGUAAAGUGGGCAUAAACGAUGUCGCCCGACCAAGAGUGGCCGUAGGCUUUGGUGGCUGUGUGGACAUCAUCGUGGAUGGCGUGACCCUGCUGAACGCGGUCGGUCUGCAGCCAGCUGGGCGACCCCUGCACCAUGACUACGUUGAGAAUGCAGAGCAGCUGGCCCAGAGCUUCGCCUACUUUUUUGCUCCGGGAGCAGCUUCAGAGAGGUUCGUGCUGAACGACACACUCUUCAGUCAGCUGGUGGAGGCCUCUCGAGAGUUGCCGGGUAACCGCUGGUCGAUAGGGGGCAACGCACCUGUGAUGGCCAGCAGGAUGGCUGGUGAAGGCUGCAGUGUGCUGCUUGGGGGAAGCUUCAGCACAGACUUUAAUGACGUCCUCUCGCAGCACAUUACGGUGGCAGGUAACACAGUGGAAGAGCCAGACAUCCACCUGAUACUGGAGUACCCAGCUGGGGCCACUUGGGGGCAGUACACCUCCCGAAGGGCUAACAGGUACAUAAUCCACAGUGACGACCACAACCCCUACUUGGACUCGAUGGAGGAGUUUGAGAAGAGACUGCAGACUUUUAAGCCAGACUUGCUUGUGGUGGGAGGUCUUCAGAUGAUGGACAACUUCCCCUUUAAACAAGGCCAGCGCGAGGCUUUGCUGAGUCACCUGGCAAGGAUGCUGUCCUCCGCCGCCCCUCAGACCAGUGUCCAUUUUGAAAUGGCCAGCUUUGUGGACGAGGACCUGCUGUGGGAUCUGCUGCGCUUCGUGUUCCCCCAUGCAGACUCGCUGGGCAUGAACGAGCAGGAGCUGCCUAAUCUUCUCAGCCUGUUCCGCGGCACCAACGUGACUGUGCUGUCCGACCCCAACCCACGCGUGGCGACCGUCCUGGACCAGAUGCGUGAGCUGUACCGCCUGGUGAACCGACGGCAGCAGGCGGCCGGUGCGGGUCGUCCCCUCUCCAGACUCCACGUGCACACGCUGGCCUUCCAGGCCAUAAUUGUCACGCGCGGCUCCCAGUGGAAGAACACUAUGUCGGCCACAGCCAAGGCCUCGCUCACGGCCAACCGGCAUGUGUGUGGCUCAGCGGACAUCGACCCCAGCAAGGCCCGCCUCCUCAUGGACGAGUCAUUCUCGGUGAGCAGGAGGGAGGGGAGCCAGAGGAUUCCCCUUCAGGAGACCCGGCCCGUGUCCUGCUGGCUGGAAGACGACUACGAGAUCUGUGUGGCGCCGGUGCUCGUGUGUACGGAAGUGUAUCAGACCGCUGGAGGAGGAGACAACAUCUCUGCCGCUGGCCUUGUUCUGCAGAUCUGAGCUGUCUUGCCAACGCAGAGUCCAAACUGCAUCCGUAUCAGUGACCCUAUCACACGAAGGCUUUUGUUUUUAUGCUUCAAAAUUGGGUUUAGAAAUUAAAAAUCAAGUACGUCUUUUUGUCAUAUAAGGACAUAUAAAACUUUCAAAUGUUGCAUGUAGUUUUUGCACAUCUAGGGCCAGUCAGUUGUAGCCACUCACUAAGAUACUUGAAUCUGUUCAAUGCUGGUUUGAAACCCAAAUAUAGAUGAGCUCAUUCCACCUCAUAUUGUCAUGAAAAUGUUCUCCCCUAUAUUCUUUUCUGUUUUUCUUCUUUCUCUUAUGCUAACUCUGUUGGAACAUAGAUAUUUGUUGUUUUGGUCCAUUCCAUUUUUCUUGGCGUUUCAUGUAUUACAUCUCCUUUUCUAUUACUUUAACUAUUUUUUUAUGAUGACAUGAUGGGGAUUUGCAUGUUUUUAUUUCUCAUCAUUUUAUAAUUUUAUUUCUAAUUAAUUAUGCAUUAAAGAUAAUGCAUUUUAGCACAGCAUCUGUAGCAUUAUCUUUUCUCUGUUUGGACUUUCUCAUUUCCUGCAGUUUUUCCUGGGCUUUUUAAAAUUUGAAAUAUGACCAAAAAAAAGCCACCCAACUGUCAUUUUAGUUCAUGCACAUGUGUGGGCUUGUGGGCUUGAGUGCUUGUGAAGGAGAUCUUGUAAUGAGGUUUUCCUGUCAAACAAAGGGCAUCACUGGUGUAUAACAAGCAUGUCUGGUUCUUGAGCUCUCAUGCACAUGCAUCUCACACUCUGUGCUUGGCAGCUGCAGUACUAACCCACUAAUCCAUUAUCGACCUACCUCCUGUGCCUUUGGUAGAAUACAUUGGGUGCUUGAUCUUGACCAUAUCUAUUGAUGGCUACAUUUAAUUAAAGUAUUUACUUGAGGUAGGGUUCUGUGGGACCUGGGAUGGAGGUGUUUCUUGCUGCUACCCUCCUUUUGCAGGUCGCAGCUGAGCGAUGGUGGAGAAAGUUGAGGGUGUGCGCCCUUGGCUGAGCCAUGGGAGCGAGGGCCUGCAGAAAGCUGCACCUCUGGGACUAGCUGAGCCUGGCUUCUUGGGGUCCAUGUCGCUUGAGUGAGAAAGCAACUGAGCUGCCAGGGUGGGGAAGAGCAGUCGCGCCAGCAGCACUGGCAGUACAGCCCGAUGCAACGAGGAGUUGAGACAGAAACAGUGAUUGACCGUCGGGUCAGAAGAAGGCAUAUUUAAUAUUAAACAUGAGAGCAAUGGCAGUAUUGACUUUUCUUGUGAUCUAUAUGCAUAUUUCUAUAUACAUAAUUUCUAUACAGAAUUAUGUGAGUUUGAGAGAAUGCACAUAUAAUGAUUGAAAGGUUUUUGAAUGAAUAGUAGCAUAGCACUGAGCCAUAAGUUGAUGGAAUUAAUAUGUCUGUUAUGUUAUAGUGUGUCAUGCUGAAAGUGAAUUUUAAUUAACUGCCUUUUUAAACCUGGUUCGACUGGUUUGUAUCUCUGAAACAAGUUUUGUGAAUGAAAAACUCUUGUUUGGAAAAGUUUUGCUUGUGCAUGACUUUUCAUAAUAUAUAUGUAAUAAAAACAUACAUUCCGUUUCUGA